AAUGAAUUCUACAAAGUCUGAAAUACUUUUUGCCGGAUUCAAUCAAGAUUCAAGUAAACAUUCAAAAAUGACAUAUAGGCAUGUUUUGUGUUGGUACUGACACUGGAUUUCGAGUGUGCAAUGCAUUAAACUCAACAGAGAAAUUUUAAAGAGAUUUGAAAGGUGGUAUUGGUCAUGUAGAAAUGCUAUACAGAAGCAAUAUUUUGGCGUUGGUUGGAGGUGGUUUAUAGCCUAAGUAUCCCGAUAAUAAAGUGAUCAUAUGGGAUGAUCGUAAAAAUGCAAUAUUUCUAUUUAGAUCUUGUAAAAUGCAUAGGUGAAAUGAGUUUCAGGACCAAGAUAAAGAAUGUUAAAUUAAAAAAUGAUAGAGUGGUUGUUGUUCUUGAGAAAAAGAUAUUUGUUUACAAUUUCACAGACUUGAAACUACUUGACUAAAUUGAAACAUGUCCAAAUCCAAGAGGUAUAUUGAUAAAUAUAGAAUAAGGAAUUUGCACCAUUAAUACAGAGGGUGAUCAUACUAUCUUGGCAACAUUAGAGAAAUCAGUUGGCAAGGUUUUUGUAAACAAUUAUGACGCUAACAAAGCUUAUUGUAUAGAGGCUCAUGUUUCUCCAAUUUCAUAUCUUCAAUUAAAUUCCACAGGCACCAAAUUGGCCACUUCUAGUGAAAAGGGCACUGUGAUUCGUAUUUAUGAUACAAAUACUGGGUAUGUGAAUAUUUUGAAUGAUAGGUAAAUAUCACAAGAACUUCGAAGAGGCAAUGAUUAUGCCACAAUAACAAGUUUAGCCUUUGAUUUUAGAUCAUAAUGGUUGGGUUGUGCAUCUGACCAAGGCACCAUUCACAUCUUUGCAGUCAAUUAAGAUGGCUUAUAAUAAGAAUAAUAAAAUUAAAAUCAGGGUUCUCACAAUCCGAAGAGUAAAUUCGAAUUUCUAAAGGGUUUUAUUCCAAUUUUGGGAUCUGAAUGGAGUUUUGCCUAAUUUAGAGUGCUUGAUACUAAGUGCAAAGUGUCAUUUGUACCUGAUGAACAUCAAUUGAUAGUAAUUUCAUAUGAGGGGAAGUACUACAAGGCUUAGUUUGAUCCUUAAAAAGGUGGAGAAUGCAUAAAAGUGGAAGAGAAAUACUUGAUUAGUGACAAAGUUUGA